AUGCAAAAUUAUGGAAAUAAACUUAAAGAUGCAUCUUUUUCAGCAAUUGAGACACCAUCAGAUCAGCCGUUCACAUGGAAUCCAUGGAUUGUACUGAAAAACAAAACUGAAGCACAAGGUGUUAUUUUAGACUUAUAUGAUAAGCUGAAGGGAUCUGGGACAGUUGAUUUUACUUACCAGUAUGACGCUCCUUAUGGAGGAUUUAUUGGACCCGAUGGUAAAUGGAAUGGCAUGAUUGGAGAUAUGAUCAACAAUGUUACCGAUCUGGCAGGGCCUAUUUUUAUAAACGAAGCGAGGGCCAAAGCUGUAGAUUUCGCCUUUCCCGUAGAUUUCUCCCAGUUGGUUAUAAUAACCGGCUUGGUUCCCGCUCAUAAAGAUCCCUUCCUCAUUUUUGGAGUUUUUCCUCUAGCAAUUUGGCUGCUGAUUUUCCUUGCUAUAUUUCUUUCUGCUGCCACGGCAUGCUUAGUAUACUAUCUGUUAAGUCCAUCAUCAAAAAACUGGAUAUUAAGAGCUCUACUCAGAUAUAUGUGGGAAUUUCAAAUUGCCCUCAUAGGUAAAGGAUUUGCAGGAAACAACAGAUGGUUCAUGCGCGACAUUUGGUCAAACAAGAGCUUUCGUUGUCUUCAAAGCUUCUGGUUUCUUGGUUGUCUAGUCCUCAUGUAUGUUUUCCAGGGAACGAUGGUAUCAACUUACGCAGCGAACAGAUUAAAGCCUCAGUUUGAAAGCCUGGAGGAUUUCUUGAAUUAUCCGAGCGUAAUUGUUGGAACUUACGAAAACUCUUAUCCUGUCUUGUGCCUGGAGAAGCUAGUGAAUACCAGACUUGAAUCUGUAUUCGAAAGAAUUAAAAAGAACCUCAUCAAGAUGGAUAAAGGCAUACCACCAUGGCUUGAUGCAGUGGAAGCAGGAAAGGCUGCCUAUAUAGCCGACACUUUGUACGCCAAGUCCAUAAUCGGCGAGCGAUUCAGGGUGACAGGGAAAUGCAACAUCCGAGUCUCCACUUUCGACUUAUGUUCGGGAUACAUUGGGCUGGCAUGCAGGAAAGGGUUAAAGAAGAAGUUUCUGAGAAGUCUCGACAACGGGUGA